CUCAUAUACGCUACACAUGGCCAUAGAUCACAGCUGUAUUCUCCCGAGCACCUGCACCGCUUUAACCUCGCCGUUAUCUCGGACGGCAUGCCGAGCAUUCCCGCAAAAGGAUCGCCUGUGAUCCCCACCGCCGUCGGACGAUCUGGCGGGAUCCGCUCUACCGGUGACUUGACUACUCGGAAACGGAGCCCGGGAUCCAAUUCGACAGCAGAAGACGGCCCGAUCACUUCAACUCCGCCUCCGAAGAGGAAAUCUCCCCGCCUGUGUAUCAAUGGAAAUCCCAGCGGCCCUGCAAAUGGCAUUGAGAAAGAAUCUGGGGACAAGCUUGCAAAACCUAGCGAAUUGUUGGUGAAAAAGCUGCCCGAUAAUUUUGUUGCCAAGCCAAAAUGGAAUCCGAGGGAUAUGGAGCAUCUAAGUGCGGCGAAGGAGGCAUUGCACGUGUCAAGCGUGCCUUCUAUGGUCGUUUGCCGGGAAGACGAGCGGAGAAGGAUUUUCGAGUUCUGCAAGCAAUGCAUAGAACAGGAGAAGGCUGGGAGUUUGUAUGUAUGUGGAUGCCCAGGGACUGGAAAAUCGCUGUCCAUGGAAAGAGUAAACCAGUCUCUGCUUGAUUGGGCAAAGGAGGCAGGUAUUCAGACACCAGAUGUGUUAGCCAUAAACUGCACUUCCCUAACGGACACUUCAGAGAUUUUCAGUAAGAUACUUCACGAAAGCCAACCACGAAGGAAGAGCAACAGUUCACCCUCACCUUUACAGUGUCUUCAGGGCUUGUACUCUCGAAAGCAACAACAAAUUAACAUGAAGAUGACGCUGGUUAUUGCUGAUGAGUUGGAUUAUUUAAUUACCAAGGACAAGGCUGUACUUCACGAUCUGUUUAUGAUUACAACUCUCCCCUUCUCUAAAUGUAUAUUGAUAGGAAUAGCUAAUGCUAUUGACCUAGCUGAUAGAUUUCUUCCUAGACUGCAGUCAUUAAACUGCUUGCCUACUGUUGUAACUUUCCGGGCCUACUCCAAGGAACAGAUCUUCAUGAUUAUUCAGCAGAGGUUAAUGGCACUGCCGUACAUUGUCUUUCAACCUCAAGCCUUGGAACUCUGUGCCAGAAAAGUGGCAGCUGCAUCAGGAGAUAUGAGGAAAGCUCUGUUCAUUUGCAGUGCAAUUGAGAUGCUAGAAGCAGAGCUGAGAGAAUCUAUGUCCAGUUUGGAUUGGUCAUCAGCAGAGAUUGGGUACUCUACUGAACAGGGAACUGCUGCGCAUGAACUAACGAAGCAGGAAAUUGAUAUUGUGAGGGUUGACCAUAUGGCUGUUGCUUUAUCAAAGACUUACAGGUCACAAGUAGUGGAAACCAUACAAUCUCUUCCGCAACAUCAACAGAUGGCUCAAAACCUUGAGGGAUACACAGUGGGGUGCAAGGACUAUCUUCAUGGAUUGUCAUUGGGCCUCUUAAUUAUACUUUGUUCUGCAGUGAAGCUUUUCCGCAAGGGAAAGAAGGAUACGACUUUGGGCGAGCUCGGCAGAUCUUACUUAGAUCUCUGCAAAUCAACGUUGAUCCCACCAGUGGGGACUCUGGAACUUUCAAGCAUGUGCAGGGUAUUAGGUGACCAGGGUCUUCUCAAACUUGGUCAAUCUCGAGAAGAUAAACUAAGAAGAGUGACGCUAAACGUAGAUGAAGCAGAUAUUGCGUUUGCAUUGCAGGGAAUCCGCGUCUUUCGAAAUUGCCUAAAAUAAAUAAUAUCACUCUGAUAAGAAAGAUGCUGCUAGGCAAUGGCUUAUUAUUCUUGUCUGUUGUGUUCCAGUUAAUGCACAGACUGCAGACUUGGAGGCAUGAUGAAUAUGCUGGUUGCGCGCGAGAAGAGAACUAGAAGGAGCUCUGCUGUUGCGGUCUUUUAGGAUCAUGUUUGUUAAUAUUAUUUAGAACAAAAUAUAUAAUAAGCAUAACUGAAAAGAUUUGUAGGGAUAUAAUAUAUAUAUAUGCCGUGGCACAAAUGCAAUUCAUUUAUUCCUAAAACUUUCUUCUUUUUGAAAAUUCUAUUAAUUUGUUUCAGGUUGGAUUCGGCAUCUUCCAUGCACGAUAUG